AUGACCGUCCACAAGAUCGACAGUGGGGAUACACGGAUAACCAAACUUCGAGACCACAUCGCCGAGCAGAUGGAGGGGGAGUUUAGCAUCGUCAGCGUCGAGGGAUUUCUCUCGCAUUAUCUACCAUUUGAGCCCACCGAAGACGACGUCAAGAACAUGGAGAAUUUGCUUUCCAAGAUGGAAAUGAGUGUCUUGGUUGAAAUGGAUGGAGACCUCCGUUUUCACGAAUUCGUGGUCCCCCCUUGCAAUGCUAAUGGGACAGAGACUCCCUCGUACAAACCUCUCGAGGAUAUUUCCUGCGCGAUAGCUUAUGUGCCUGUCGAGGGUCGGAAGCGCAACGAACUCAGCUUCCGUGUUUGCCCCAACACCGUCAUCAAGUCGCAAAUUGCUGGCUCGGACAACAAGGUCGACGGGUGCUUUACCUCAGAGGAUCCCGAGAGCAAGACGUUGGAUACCUCCCGUCUUGCGUGUAUCCUCGAAUACAAGCUGAACCCCUUGCAGGAGGUUGAGAACAACAAGCAAGCCCUGUCGGCAAGUGUCCAGAUCAUGAAUGACGAUGUCCGUCGCAUGUUCACAUAUGGGAUUACUAUUAUCCGAGAUCGUGUUACUCUAUGGUAUCAUUCUCGGUCGCACUCAAUGAUUUCAGAGCCCUUCAGUUUUGUAGAAAACCCACAACUCCUGAUCAAAGUGUUCAUGUCCUUCUUGUUCGCCACGGAGGAAGAGCUGGGCUAUGACCCGAUGGUCACGCGAGACGCCAAAGGGGACUAUAUAUACAGAAUCCCCUCUACCGAGCAGGGACAACAACGCGACCGUUUCUUCCUCACUACUGCUUCCAUCGCCGAGUAUCGUUCGAACAAUAUCACUGGUCGUAUGGCUCGGGUGUGGAAGGUGGUCGAAUUUCACCCGAGUGGCGCUGUGGUAUCGCCCAGCGGGCCUUCCCGUGUAUUGAAGGAUGUCUGGCUGGAGGAUUCGGCACCUACUGAGUCGCAGAUUCAGUCGCAGAUCUUCGAGGAUAUCAAGAAGUUCUUCCGUGACAAGCAAGACGCGCGAUAUCUUGCCUUCGAGAGGUUGCGGCCUUCAAUCAGUGACCUGGAACGGAAUGACAGAUACAAGAAAUAUUUCAUCCAAAUCAUGGCGGAUUACGAAGGCAAACGGACUAAACCACGCUCUCCCAAUUCGGAAAGAAAACGCAGGCUGUUUUCCACCGUUGAACCGUUAGCGCUCCCGACGACGUCAAAUCGGGGUGGUAGCGGGACUCCCCGCCCGACCGAAAGCAAGAUCACCUUCGAUGAGGGUCCUCGCGAAUUUGCGCCGAGGAAGCAAUAUCGGGUUAUCUUUGGAGAAGUAUGUGAGGCUGUUGGUGACCUUGGAAGCGUAGGCGAGGUUACGGACGUCCUCAGCCAGGCCAUCGUUGCGCUUCGCCUUAUGUAUUGCGCCGGCUGGGUUCAUAGAGAUAUUAGUUCUGGCAACAUUCUGGCCCAUCGCCGCAGCUCAUCGAGUCCAUGGCAAGCUAAAUUGUCCGACCUGGAGUAUUCACGGCGGUUCUCCUUGAAUUCCGAUCGUGGUGUAGCCGGCGAUCCAAAAACUGGCACACCCUACUUCAUGCCUCACGAAAUCCUCAGUUCUCGCUACAUCGUUCCCCGACAACCAGGGGCACAAAAGCCCAAGCUUGUGGUUGAUGACUUGACAAACGGCCGUCGCCCCCAGCCCCGCGGACCCCCGCCUGUGUACAAUUUCCAGCACGACUUGGAAUCUAUCUGGUGGAUUUUCGUAUGGACAAUAACCUGCCGAGUUUCCCAUGAUCCUUCUGUUGCUUUUGGCAGAAAGAUAUUCCAGAACCUCAUGGACCCCCCACUUGCUAGAUUAAAUUUCUUGGAAGACCCGAUCAGUGAAGAAUUUAUGGGGUGCCUGUCGUCACCAUUACAGCAACUAGCAAGCCCCUUGGAAGUGUUGCGCUGCUUCAUAUAUGAUGCAUACUUGUACCAUCAGACUGCUAAUGACUUGGCCGACCUCACAUCCUAUAUCGACGCUCACCAGGGCUUCGCGACUUUCUUCGAAGGAGUCAAACUGUCCCAGGAACAUUGGGGCGAUACCGUGUUGCUGACUUGCCAUCGUCCGGUUGCCAGUACGACAAUGGGACGACGCCCAUGUAGCCGACGCUGA